AGGGGUCAAGAUCACAGCCCAUAAGUGAGAGGGGGCAAACCCUCUGAAGGCAAGAGAAGAACUUGGACUACAGCAUGGGCUCGUUGACUGCUGCUGCCCUCCGGUUCCUGCUGCUGCUCCUCACCAUGAAGCCCCAAGGAAGAGCCAAAGCUCAUCCCAUGUACAGCUCGGCCUCCGCUGCUGAACUGGCUGACUUCAAGACCCUGCUGGACCGCCUGGAGGACAAGCUCCCAUCAGAAGAAGCAGAGGCAGGUCUGUCCCAAGAAAUGAAUGAGCAGAAUGAGGAAGCUCCAGGAGAUGCCUCACGUCCCCUCGCUCCCUGGAACAGCGAAUACAUUAGACCCCAAAGAGAAGGCCUUGCCUAUGGGCGCAACAGCUGGGAGCGGCCCAAGAAACCUCCAUCCGCCCAGAGGAGCAAACUACGAGCAUUGAUGAACUCGCCACGCAGCAUGAGAAGGUUCUCGGAUUGCUUUGGCCAACGGAUAGAUAGAAUAGGAGCCCAGAGCGGACUUGGAUGCAACAACUACAGGUUUUGAAGCUCUACCUGGAGAUGGGGGCAAUCCUGAUCUUCUUCCUCAGAGUCCUGGACAUCAAAGCUCUUCCAAAGUCAACUGCAUCUUCUCAGCUCCUCGCUGGUAACUUAUGUUGCAGCAGGGACAGUAGGCAAAACUCAGCUGCCAUCUGUCUUCAUCCGUUUGCAAACAAUUUGCCCCCCCCCCCUCCCAGCACCAUGAGUCAAACAAUGUACAGGCUUUCUCCCUAAAGUGUAAGGGAGAAGGGAUAAUUUUAGUCCAUUGUCACUGAAAAGAAUUCCAGCCUAGAUUUCAGCACCUUGGACAGAAAGUGCAGGUCUGUUUCUUUCAUCAAAUAAAUGAGUGCAAUAAAAGGCUAUGGUUAAUUUUUCCAUACCCUGCAUGACCUGUCUGUGUGUGUAAAAAUGUAGCUCAUAUGUAGUUAAGAGGACCACAGCAAAACCUCACUGGCCUGCACUAAUGCACCUGGUAAAUAUAAGCAAUUUAAGGGUAUUGGGGGUCUCCUAACAAGUGCUCUGAUUUAAUGGGCCUAUAAACCCCAUUUAAGUCUGAGUACAGGCACUGGGCUGCUUUAAGUGUAACCGUAUUAUAGCUGCUGUAUUAACUCAACUGUGCUUAGUAUAA